AUGAGCCGACUCAGCCUGACUGGCGACUCUGAGGAGAAAGAGGAUGGAUAUUUCAACCCGAGAACCGCCCACCCGAACCUCAACCUCAGCGGCUCCAUCAUCUCCGCGACCUUUUGUAUACCGUACGAUGUUGGAUUGAAACCGCGGUCAGACUGGGAACUGAAACCGAGAAGAGGCACAUCCGCCCUUUACGACUCCCUGGCUUACCUCGCCUCCCCCGAAUCCACAUGGAACCACACCCUUGUUGGCUGGACGGGAGAAAUCAGUCAGCUCGCCGAGCCUCCCAGUACCGGACAGGCGAUCAUCAAUGCCCUCGGCCAACUGAUCCCGCUCAACAAAGCCGCUGCCCCCAUCCCGGUGAAUGUCAACCGCAACCUCCCUGAACCGGAAAACCCCGAAGGCAUUCGGAUUACCAAAGCCGAUCGAGACCGGCUGGAGAAGCAGCUCAACCAGAGCGACCGCGGCACCAUGGUUCCGGUCUGGCUACUCGACGAUGAAAAUGAGGACCAGGAUGGGAAUUACCUUAUCAAAGAUCAGCGGCGUUGGCGACGAUAUCCAGAGCAUCAGUUAUACACCCUGUUUCAUUACAAGCUCAACCAGCCAGACGACGGGCGAGCGGUGCGUAAGGCGUGGGCAGACUACUACCGGAUGAACAAGAUUUUCGCCGACAAGAUCGUGGCGAUCUAUAAACCCGGAGACGUCAUCAUCGUCCACGAUUACAAUCUGCUGCUUUUGCCAAGUUUGCUGCGACAACGCCUCCCAGGGGUGUUCAUUGGUUUCUAUCUACAUGUCCCAUUCCCGAGCAGCGAGUUCUACCGGUGUCUCAGUCGACGGAAGGAGAUCUUGGAAGGCGUGCUCGGUGCCAAUAUGAUUGGUUUCCAAUCGUAUAGUUACUCCCGCCACUUUGCUUCUUGCUGCACGCGCAUUUUGGGCUUUGAAUCAUCCGCAGCAGGGGUGGACGCAUACGGAGCGCAUGUUGCAACCGACGUAUUCCCCAUCGGAAUAAAUGCCGCCAAGGCCGAGAAAGAUGCGUUCGGUGACCCAUCCAUCGAUGAAAAAAUCAAACGGAUCAAGGAGAUGUAUGCGGGGAAGAAGAUCAUCGUCGGCCGUGACCGACUCGAUACCGCGAAGGGCGUGACCCAGAAACUGCAGGGUUUCCAGGCGCUCCUCGAGAAGUAUCCCGAAUGGCGGGAUAAAGUCGUCCUCAUCCAGAUCACCAGCUCCAGCAGCCUGGAUAUGCAGACCGAUGAUGAAGAGACGAACACAGUCAACAAGAUUGGAGACCUGGUCCACACGAUCAACGGGAAGUAUGGAUCACUACAGUUCUCGCCCGUCCAUCACUUCCCGCAGUACGUGCCCAAGGAGGAGUACUUUGCGCUUCUGCGCGCCGCAGACGUGGGCUUGAUCACGUCGGUCCGAGAUGGUAUCAACACGACCAGCCUCGAGUAUGUGGUCUGCCAGAAAGACAACCACGGGCCGUUGAUCUUGUCGGAAUUCUCGGGAACGGCUGGAAGUCUCACCAACGCGAUUCAUGUCAACCCCUGGGACUUUGACGGGGUGGCGAAUGCGAUUGUAUAUGCCUUGACCAUGAGCCCCGAGGAACGCAAAGAGCGACAGGAAAAUCUCUACGCACAUGUGACAUCGAGCACCGUCCAGUCCUGGACCAACAGCUUCCUUCGCCGCCUCCUCGCCAACCUCGCGUCCUUCGACCAAUCCUCCGCAACCCCGCCCUUGGACCGCUCGAAGCUCCUGGCGCAGUACCGCAAAGCCAAGCGGCGGCUCUUCAUGUUCGACUACGACGGGACGCUCGUCAACAUCGUGCAGUCGCCCUCCGCGGCGAUCCCCUCGGACCGGAUCAUCCGCACGCUGAAGACCCUGGCCUCCGACCCGCACAACGAGGUGUGGAUCAUCAGCGGCCGCGACCAGGCGUUCCUCGACGAGUGGUGGGGCCACAUCUCCGAGCUGGGCCUGUCUGCAGAGCAUGGCAGUUUCCUGCGGGAACCACGCACGGAGGAAUGGGUCAACCUGGCCGAGGAAAUGGACAUGGGUUGGCAACAGGAGGUGGUCGACAUCUUUCAACAGUAUACGGAGCGCACUCAAGGCUCCUUCAUCGAGGCGAAAAAGAUCGCCCUGACCUGGCACUACCGCCGCGCUGACCCCGAAUUCGGCACCUUCCAGGCUCGGGAGUGCCAAGAUCUGCUCCAGGCCACCGUGGGUAAAAAAUGGGACGUGGAUGUCAUGGCCGGCAAGGCGAACCUGGAAGUCCGGCCGCGCUUCUUGAACAAGGGCGCCAUCGCCAAGCGGCUGGUGGAGCAGUAUCGCGGUAACCCGGCGAUGGAGCCGGAUUUCGUUUUGUGCCUGGGCGACGAUUUUACGGACGAAGAUAUGUUCCGCUCCCUGCGUAACUGCCGACUGCCCUCCUCGCAGGUCUUCUCGGUCACCGUGGGCGCGAGCUCCAAGCAGACGCAUGCCAGCUGGCACCUGCUCGAGCCGUCGGAUGUCAUAUCGGUCAUUCAGCUGCUCAACGGGUCGGCGGAUGCGGGGAACGUCGGGGCGGUGGCGGUGGUGGAUGGGGGGCAUAUUCCCGACACGCGAUAG